GGUAACUAUUAACAGUUCAAUAAAUACAAUUCAAACUUUUUCAAAUACACUAUUUGAUUGAUUUGAUAAUGUCCCGAGGGACCAAGGGAUUUGCUCGCUUAAUAAAUCCGGGCGUGGUUCUCCAUCCGGAACUAAAUCAGAAGAUAGUGGCCUUCGAGGCCAUGACCGCCGAGCGAUCUCAACUGGAUAAUGAUUUGAGCCGAUUGCGUAAGCAGCAGGACGACACCGAGGAUAAUUUGGCCGAGGCUCUCGCCGAAGAUGAGUUUCAGUGCAAUCUGAGGGGUCAGCAGUUCGCAGGACCCACUGAGGAUGAACUUCAGAGCAUCCUUAAGAAUCACCUCGGUGGGAUUAUCAAUGAGCUAUCCGCCGUAUAUGAACGGAUUAUUUACAUGGACGCCGAUAUCAGAAAGCUAAAGGGCACCAUUGAAAAGGAAAUCUCGGCGGCAAAUGAGGAAUCUGCAGCCGCAGCCUCAAUGUGAAGCGAUUAUUCCAGUUUAUCUAUUUGAAUAUUCAAAUUUUUGUUUCAUUUACUAUAUUAAAGACCAUCUGUAUGGGUAAUGCUGUAUAAAAAUGUUGAAAACAGAGAGAUAACUUGCAAAAAUCUGUAAAAAUAUGUUACAUUCCCGGCAAAAA